AUGUUUUUUUUCAGAAAAAAGCACCGUCACCCACCACCACUACAAUUUCGUCUCCGUAAUUUCCUCCAAUACACCAAUUUGAUUAUUGGUUCUUUUAGAUUCACAAAAAUCUAUGUUUACAACAAUAUGAAGGUUGGUUGCAGGCUUUUAAUUCAAAGCCGAAGCGUCGUUCUAGGAUUCAUCAAAUCCCCAAUGUUAAUUCGCAAUCACCAUAUCUCCCCCCCUCAAUUUUUGGGAUUACGAUGUAUAAAUCAAGCCCAGAAACCCUUUUCUGUUACCAAUCCAAAUUGGGGCCAAUCUAGAGUUUUUCCCGCUACCUGUUGUAGUUCGAACAAGAAUGGUAGCAGUAAACCUCGUUACGUAUCGGAUUAUUCAACAAAAUUAGAAACUAGCGUGAAUGACAAGAAUUUCGAGAAGAUUUACGUGCAGGGUGUUGAUGAAUUAGAUGAAAAGACGCCGGUAGUGGUAGAGAAGAAAGAUGAAACCGUAGAUAGGGAUGGGGAAGAAUCUAGGUUAAAGAAUGACGUACAAAAUGAAAAUUUAGUCUCACUAGAUCCUACAGAGAGGGUAGAAUCAGAGGCGGAGAAAGAAGCGUGGCGGUUGUUGAAGGAGUCAGUUGUAACGUACUGCGGCAGUCCGGUGGGGACGUUGGCCGCCAAUGAUGCCGGAGAUAAGACGCCAUUAAAUUACGAUCAGGUUUUUAUUCGAGAUUUCGUCCCGUCGGCUUUAGCUUUCUUGCUAAGGGGAGAAGGAGAGAUCGUUAGAAACUUCCUCCUCCAUACUCUGCAAUUACAGAGUUGGGAGAAAACCGUGGAUUGUUACAGCCCAGGUCAAGGAUUGAUGCCUGCAAGUUUCAAAAUAAGAACCGUUCCCCUUGAUGACAACAAGGUUGAAGAAGUUUUAGACCCUGAUUUUGGUGAAUCUGCUAUAGGCCGUGUUGCGCCUGUUGAUUCUGGAUUAUGGUGGAUUAUCAUGUUGAGAGCUUACACAAAGAUCACUGGUGAUUAUGCCAUGCAAGAAAGGGUCGAUGUUCAAACAGGCAUCAAACUGAUUCUGAAUUUGUGUUUGUCAGAUGGUUUUGAUAUGUUUCCUUCUUUAUUGGUUACUGAUGGCUCCUGCAUGAUUGAUCGAAGAAUGGGUAUCCAUGGACACCCUUUGGAGAUCCAAGCGUUAUUCUACUCAGCCCUAAGGUGUGCACGGGAGAUGCUUGCAUCAGAUGAAGGAUCCAAGAAUUUGGUGAGGACAAUCAACAAUAGACUGAGUGCAUUAUCCUUUCAUAUAAGAGAAUAUUAUUGGAUAGAUAUGAAGAAAAUCAAUGAAAUUUACCGAUAUAAAACCGAAGAGUAUUCAACAGAAGCAACAAACAAAUUCAACAUUUAUCCAGAACAAAUUCCCCAUUGGUUAAUGGAUUGGAUCCCAGAAGAAGGAGGAUACAUGAUUGGCAAUCUACAACCCGCACAUAUGGAUUUUAGAUUUUUUACACUUGAAUCCAAAUGGGAUGAUCUUGUUGGCAACAUGCCUGUUAAGAUCUGUUACCCUGCCUUGGAAUAUGAAGAGUGGCGCAUAAUCACUGGUAGUGACCCGAAAAAUACACCAUGGUCUUAUCACAAUGGCGGUUCCUGGCCAGUUCUUCUAUGGCAGUUCACAUUAGCUUGUAUCAAGAUGGGGCGAAUAGAAUUAGCAAGAAAGGCGGUGGAUCUUGCUGAAAGUAGAUUGCAUGCUGAUCAUUGGCCAGAAUAUUAUGAUACCAGAAAUGGAAAGUUUAUAGGGAAGCAAUCUAGGCUUUACCAAACAUGGACAAUUGCUGGAUUUUUGACAUCUAAAAUGCUUUUGGAAAAUCCUGAAAAAGCAUCUCUUUUAUUUUGGGAAGAAGACUAUGAGCUUCUUGAAAUAUGUGUUUGUGCUCUUACCAAAACAGGCAGGGCAAAAUGUUCUCGUGGUGCUGCCAAAUCACAGAUUCUCGUGUGACAACAAGAACCCUAUUGUGUUGUACAGUAAUAUGAUAUCAAAUUUUAGAGUAAGUUAUAGAUAUAGCAGUAUUAAAAAAAAAAUGAAAUACUGCAAUUUUUUUGUAUUUGAUAUCAUUUAUACCCAAUAUUGUUUUGUUCUCCGAUUAAUUGAGCCAGUUAAUCGAGUAAUAUGAAUCAUAAGUUACAAGCUUCUUUUUUGGGAUUGGACCAAAUCUUGAAUUUAUACCCA